AUGCUGACCACGGCUGUUCGUACUCUGCCAGAGAUCAUUAAUCAGAGUCGGCAGGCGGAGGACAUUAUCACUGAAGCAAGAAAUUUGAACAGACAACCGGUGCAACAGCAGGGAGGAAGCAGAGUGGGCAGAUUCUUUAAGAAGAUCACCGGAAUGAACAAAGGAAAGGGUCCGCAGAUGCAGGCUCGGGCUGGGAGUUUCAAGAGGAAUAAUGCUCCUGGUCAGUCAUCAACAGGACGUCAGGGUUCCAAUGCUUGUGCCGUUUGUGGGAAAAAUCAUGUUGGAGUCUGUUUACGUGGAAGCAACACCUGUUACAGAUGCGGUCAGCCAGGACAUUUCGCUUAUAAUUGUCAAAAUAAUGCUAAUCAGCAACCUGCUCAGGCUCGGGUAUUCACCCUUGAUGCUAAUGAAGCUCAGAAGUAUCCCAAUUUGAUUCGAGGUAACAUAAUUCUUAAUGGUUGUCCUAUUUCUGCUAUUUUUGAUUCUGGAGCAUCUGGUUCGUUUAUGGCAAACCAUAUAGCUAUGAGGAUAGGGAUCACCCCAACCCCAUUACCCUAUGAGUUACACAUCAGUACCCCCACUGGAGGAUCGUGCACAGCCUCAGAAAUUUGCAGAGGCGUUCUUUUGAUGUAUGAGGGAAGCGUUUAUACAAUUAACUUAGUGGUUCUACCGAUUUUCAAUUUCGAAGUGAUUAUCGGUAUGGACUGGUUGGCAGAGAACAGGAUCACCUUGGACUGUCAAGCAGGGAAGAUCAUUGUUCCUCCAAGAGACGGUAAUUUUCUGCCUUUUGCUACUAUCUCUUUAUUGCAAACUCGUAAAGAGCUCCUUCGGGGAGCUGCAGGUUAUCUCUUGUCGAUCGAGGCUGAGACCUCGGCUGAAAAGCCAAUUCAAAAUGUACCAGUGGUGAACGAAUUCGAGGAAGUGUUUCCUGAUGACAUUCCUCGAUUACCCCCCUCAGCGGGAGAUAGAAUUUUCCAUUGA